AACUAUUCGCGCGCCAGAAACCGUGUUAAGGAGCGCGAUCGCGCUCGCGCUCCUUAAAAAUUUUUCAGAUGAUGACUAUCCAUCGCAACCUGUAAAAAAGAGGAUAGGCUGCUUUAUAACUUUGCGUCGGAUUUAUCGCACAAGCAAGAUUUUUUUCAAACUCGUACUUGAACCUUUUCUCCAGCAAGCAUGGCUGAAGGGGCACAGACAACCACCAACAAACACAGGCAAUUUGUAUCUGAACCCAUGCGGGACAAAGCAGUGACGGAACUGGGUGGAAUCGGCCCGGCAUCUGGUGAGAAGUUAGGAGAGGCCGGAUUUGAAAAGGCCUACAAUGUUCUCGGUCAGUUCCUGGUGCUGAACAAAGACAAACAGCUCUUCACUGAUUGGCUGAAGGCAAGGACACCGGCUAAUAACAAGUGUGCCAACGAUUGCUAUAAUUGCCUCAAAGAUUGGAGUGAUGCCUUUGUGUAAGGACACAAUACUGGAGAACAAAUUACGGCCAUGGGGAUCAAAAAUUUAGACGAUUUUUUUAUAUAAUAUUUUGUCGCAAAUUUAACAAGUGGACACCGUAACUAACGUUAAAUAAAAUGAGAGAUUUAGCUGUUAAUCCAUUUUAAUAGCAGAUCAAUUGAAAAUUUUAUGACCACAGUGUCUCACAGUAAGGACCUCAGAGGGAAAUUCAUCCAUUAAACAUUAUGUUCCUUUCACGAUCUUAUAUGGACCUCUUUCGACAAUCUCUGUAUCAAAAUGUUACAUAAGUUACAUGUGGACACCACAUAGUGGUCAUAAAAUAUGUCCACAGAGUGGUUCUCCUUUCUAAAUUCUAUGUAAUUUGACUACAACUUCAGUAAAUGAAAAUAAAAAAUGGUUAAAUGUAAACAAUUAUUUUGCCCAAAUUGAAAAUGGCAUCUUAUUGGCUCCAGUCUUGUAAUACAAAUUGUAUGUAACUAAAGCCUCUGGUUUUAACUCUGUGGACUAGCACACAUUAAUGAGUGUGCAUUGUAUUUCCCUGUACACGCGUAGUUUAUUAUAAAUGUGUAUAAAUUCAACUCAGCAUCGCAGAAUUGUAAAUUUGUCAUCAUAAUUCAAUUGCAAGUCAUCGCUGUCUCUACUCAAUUGACAAGCUAUCUCUCACUUUAACUGAAA